AUGAAAAUAUUAAUUUAGAAGAUGAAAAAUUAUAAAGUUAAUUAAAAGAAGAGUUUCUUUUUAGAAUAAAUUUAAUUAGAAAUAUAAAAGAUAAAUAGGAUAGAUAAAAUAAAUUAAUUAAACAUUUUCAAGCUUAUGAAUAAGAAGAAGAAGAAUAAUUAAUUGAUGGAUGUUUUUAUGCUUUAUCAACUAUUUUCUUUAGAAAUUUAAGUUUAUAUAUAAUUGAAUAAAGUGAAUAAAAAGAUAUCUUCUUAGAAAAAGAUGUACUUUUAAAAUGGGAAGUUGAAUGUAAUGAUAAUGAAAUAGUAAUUUCUUAAUUAGCUACUUAUUUAAAUAUGUAAUAAUUUAUUUUAUUUUAAGUCAUAUUUAAGUUUUCUUUAUUGAUUAAGAGCAUUUAGCAUAAAGGAGUUAUAAUUAAGGUUCUAAUUAUAAAAUUAUUUUAUUAUUAAAACCAGGACAUUAUAAUAUUGGUAUUCCGAAAAUUGAAUGAAACAAUCAUAAAAAUAUAAUUAUAAAAACAAUUCAAUUUUUUUAAUAAAUAAAUAAGUACUUUUACUUUUUUUGAAUUGUGA